AUGUCCAGGACAUCUUACGACAGAUACCUUACCGUCUUCUCACCAGAGGGACGCCUAUAUCAAGUCGAGUAUGCCUUCAAGGCCAUCUCAGGCUCGGGACACACCGCAAUUGCCGUCCGCGGAAAGGACACCGCGGUGGUCAUUACUCAACGCAAAGUUCCCGACAAGCUCCUCGACGCGUCAACGGUCACCCAUCUGUUCAGCAUCACUCCUACGAUCGGCAGCGUCAUGACAGGACUCAUGGCCGAUGCACGCGCACAAGUCGCCCGUGCGCGAUCUGAAGCUGCCGACUUCCGGUACAAGUACGGUUAUGAAAUCACCCCCGACGCCCUUGCUCGACGGAUGGCGAACAUUAACCAAGUCUACACACAACGUGCUGCCAUGAGACCGCUGGGAAUAUCCAUGAUCCUGAUCGGCAUCGAUCCCGAAUUUGGGCCUCAAUGCUUCAAGUUGGACCCAGCUGGAUACUUCAUCGGUUUCCACGCCACAGCUGCUGGCCAAAAGCAGCAAGAAGGCAUGAAUCAUCUCGAGAAGAAGUGGAAGAAGCUGGACAACGGUCGAGGCGGAGAGGAUGCUGCGAAAGCGGCGAAGACGCUUGACAGGGAUGAGGUCAUUGAGUUGGCUAUCGAGGCAAUGUCGACGGUACACGCUCUGGACUACAAGCCUGGCGAGAUUGAGAUCGGCAUCGUGUCGACUAGCGAAGACGAAGACGAGAAAGUUCGGGGCAAAUGGAGGAUCAUGGACGAGGAGGAGAUCGAAGAGCACCUGCUAGCAUAUGCUGAGAAAGAUUAG